GUCGAGUCUGGGGGGUUUCAGUCUGUGUUCACCCAUGAGAGACACACCACCAGCGGCGACACGCUCCGCUCACAUUGCGAGGGUGAGGGCUCGUUUUUCGCUCGCCAACUGGUCGUCCUUUGCCACUUGUCUUCCGCGUUGAAUUCAAACACAUCGCGAUCGGAGUCUUACCGCCGUAGAGGAUCUAAACGAGAGUAAAUCGGUUCAUCAAGACCGCGGCGAAAAAAACCGUGGAAUAAAUUGUGAGAGGAAUUGUACGUGUCAUCUUGAACUGCAGGUGGUCCUGCAUAUGACGUAUGAAAUGAAGUGUCAGAAGCGGUGACAACAGUUCUGUUACUAGCUAAGUGAAGUGUCAAUGAAGUGUUAAUAAAAAAAAAUUAGACAGCCUGAGACAAUUAAACAAAUCUCUUCAUCGAUACAAACUGCAAUUGAGAACAAUUAAAAUUUAUCAAAUUAAGAAUCAUGAAGAAAAUCGUGCGCGUUAUUAAAAGUAAUCUUACACGAUAAGUUGAUCCGUAUUGGAAAGUUUCGGAAACAGAUACCUGAAAGGAAAAAAGUUUUGAAUAGAAAAGAAAACUUACAAGUAUUUAAUUAUUGGCAAAAAAAAAUUCGAAGUCAAGUUUCUGAAAACAAAAUCAUAGAAGAAAAAUUUUCAUGAGGACUGUUACUGGGCAUAUGCCUAGCAUAUGCCUUCGUUUAUCUUGUACAUCUUCGUAGAAUUCUUUCACGGACUGUUAUCCUUAGUGUCGAAUCUAGUGAUUUCGAAUGACUCUUCACGCUUGAGCCGAUCGAGGUGCGCCAUUGACGGAGUUGGAGGACGAGUUAAGGAGUGGUGUUAUUCAAAAGGGUGGUGCGACGUUCGGGUACGCAAGUCUGCAGGCCAGCUCUGGGGUGCCGGGCCCGGGCGGGGUGAUGAGCUGCUCCGAUGUGAUGUAUCAAUAUUAUCCUUAUCUUUACCAGACCCACCGGCCACCGCCGCCGCAUCCGACCCACCCCCAUGCGGCCCCGCACAGUCACCCCCAUGCCAAUCCGCACGCGGCCCACCACAGCCCGGCCAGACCGGCGCCCUUUCAACCCUUCCCGGCGGCUACGGCGACGCAUCAGUAUGACAGGCUGAAUGUCCAUCAAAGGUCGUUGGAAGCAGCUGGUAUCGAGCUUUGCGGCACCGGCGGAAGUGUCCCUCAAGGUCAGCCGAGCAGCGCGGGUUCCGUAGGGUCCGCGCCAAGUCCCGCAUCCCCAAGGCCAACGCCGCAACCGCGACCACCCCUCGCAACCACCACCUCGCAACCCUCGCGAACACUAGACGAUGACAGGUCGACAGACGGCGUAGGUGCUGGUACCGCCACUGAGGACUCCGAAGACGGCGAGAGGGCAGCGCAAUACGUUAAUGCAAAUUGCGUAGUGUUUACGCAUUAUCGAGGCGACGCGGCGUCGGAAGUCGAGGAACACUUUCAGAGAGCCCUCGCUCACGACAAAUUAAAGGAAAAUAUCUCUCCCAUGUCCAUGAGGAAUUUCCCCCCUUCUUUUUGGAAUAGUCAGCAUCCCGGUGAUGUCUACGAGUACCCGACGGAUCCGUGGCAUUACCCGCAGUAUCACCACAGAGCUGUGCACGAGUACCACCACCACAAUAUGGCGGCAGCAGCGAGUUACGGUGGCCUUCUGCUUGGUGGUGCACGCGGCCUCGGUCAUCAUACAUCUCACCAUGCGGCGCAUCACGCGCACGCCGCAGCAUCCUACAAGGAGUGGACGUCGACGACGCCGUCGCAGUCCCUCGUCGACGCUUCCUCGGCGCCGCCCUAUCCUCACGGCCACUACGCACCCCUCUCCGGUAAGACUCGAGUCUCAAGUUCAAGAUUCCAAGGACCUCUACUGGUUCUAGGAUCAAGUGUUGCAGAUCGGCAGGAGGCAUGCAGUUUCCUUACAUUCAGAGGACGACUGAACGAUUGUGUUUCGAUUAAUGAGAAAAUUUAAUAACACAAUUCAUAAAUGAAACGUAAGAGGAAUGAGAACGUUGUUGAGCAAAAAUGACGACCGAGCAUUCGUCGUUGUCGUUUGUUCAUCGUUGUACAUAAUGUUACCUACAUCUUUUAAGGAUCUACUACUAGCAUAAAGAGGAUAGUAUUAGACGAAUUAUUUGCGCGCACUAUUACCUUUAUAGUGAUUGCUGUCUGACAUUAAAGAGAAAUUGGCCGUGGAAAUGCGAUCGAGAAUUGUCUUCAGCUGGUACAAUAGCGUAGCGCGAUCUAGAUCGUCAAGGCACAUCUAAAUUUUCCAAAUAAUUAUAUAAUGAUAUGUCUUCGAUUUUUGCUACAAGAUAUUAUCUUUGAAUUUCUUUAUUCAUUAAGAAGGCGAUGAUUAAAUGAAAAUAGCCUUCCUAUGAAUAUUCGAUAAAUUAUUAUAUUGGGUAUUGGUAAUUUAUUAAAAGUAAGUUAAAAACUUAAGAACUAUAAGAGAGAAAAAGAAAAACUCUUCUUUCAGAAUUUAAAUAGAGACAUUACACCGGAUUAACAAAUAAUUAUUUGGUAAAUUUAGCUGCCGAUUUAAGUGAAGUAUUUAUUGACCAAUG